AUGGUGGAGAGGGAAGUUUCUGAAGAUGCGCUUGCUGUCGGUGAACGAGACCUUUUCUAUUCGAGUCCAUUGUUUGGCUCGGGAGGAUUUUUCCGCGACCCUGUUUCCGUGGCGAGAAAUUCGCUGUGGGGUGACAUGAAUGCUGCCAAAUCGCCGAGACCUGAAUUUAUGGUUUGCGUAACGAGGACGGAUUCCUCUGGCACUUGUAAGGAAGCACAUUUCGACUUUCUGUCUGGGGGAGAGAGCGCAUGGAUGAGUGUCUUUCAAGGAUCUCCGCAAUGGGAUCGAAAUUGGGACAGACGCGACCCAGCGAGUUACGUCAAACCAAAGAACACGGUUACUGAUUCAAACAAUAAUGUGGAUCCCGGUGCAGAUUCAGGCAGCCCAAGGAACGAUAUCGAGAAAAUGACGCCUCACGCUUCACGACAUAUUUUUUUGAUUCGCCAUGGUCACUACAACAUCAACGGCGAGGCAGACCAUGAACGUGGACUCACAGAGCUGGGUCGCGAACAAGCGUCGUUAACCGGUGUUCGGCUGCGAGCUCUGAACCUUCCCUACAAACUUCUCGUUCGGUCCACAAUGAAACGUGCCUUGGAAACGGCGGAAUUGAUCAUGAAAGAGAUGCAAAUGGGCAAUGAAUUGGACGUGCGCGAGUCUGAUUUAUUGCGAGAAGGUGCCCCGAUCCCGCCUGAGCCUCCAGUGGGGCAUUGGCGACCGGAAAAGCAUUUUUUUGAAGACGGCGCGAGGAUCGAGGCGGCGUUUCGUAAGUAUUUCCACCGGGCCGAGCCAACGCAAGAAGGAGAUUCCUACGAGAUUCUUGUUUGCCACGCCAACGUGAUACGUUAUUUCGUCUGCAGGCAAGUUGUGCCUUGGGGCAUUGCAGUUUCCGCCGGAGGGUUGGCUUCGAAUGAAUCUUCACCACGGAAGCGUGACGUGGAUCACUAUUCGACCGUCUGGCCGAGUCGUGCUGCAGUCACUCGGCGAUGCGGGCCACAUCCCGCCCGACAAGCUUUCGUCUUCCUCAGUACGCAUAUGGAAAAAGUCUCUGAGCUUUCUUUCCUGAGCUUCGCAACGUAGGCCUUCGCUCUGCUACGAUUUGGCUUUGCGAUCGCGUCUUCAGUGCCAAUUAAGCACCUGAUUUCUUCGCAUUUCGCGCGUGGGUCGCACGUUUUCGCGGCUCGCGUCGGACUGUCGGAUUGUGCAUAUUCCUUUCCUCAUUUAGUUUAGUUUGAAUGGUCGUUCAGGGACGUUUUGCGGUGAUAGGAAGCGAUCGUUGUAUGGUUGGGUUGUUCUUGUAGAUUUGUAAACCAAGCGUGGUGGAGGCAUUAUUUUUGUUCUGAACAUUAACCGUUUGCACUGACCUGCAUUUUAACAUCCAUGAGGAUUGCACUCGCGAAUGCAUUUAUAUCGGUUGAAAUUAUUUUCGCGCGCUGAAAAUCUUCCCAAAUAAUAUUUGUCGUGAGCGUUAGCGACAAUUUCUGGGUGCAGAACACUUCAAAAGUUGCGAAAAAUGAUCAAUCAUCAGUCCUCGAUGCCAUGGGAAGAAGCUAGAGUAUGAUUUGUGUUGAGGAAGUCAGAUCUUGCGACUGAUUCCCACGACGCCGACUUAUAGGGAACAGUUCAAUCCUUGAAUUAGGCCGAAUCAGUUGAAUUUUAUUUCUUCGAUGAAAAUAUUUGAAUGAUUUUCAUGGAACAUAGAACAACCAUUUUGGAUAGAAUAUAUUUUACAUCGAGAUGUUGGCUUGCAAAAAUACGGAAGGAAUUCAAGGCGUCGAAUACACGCGUCAGCUAUUUUUUGUAAUUUUUUUUCUAAUCUUGUGGUUUUUUUUUGGCCGGCAGGACGAAUCUAAAAAGCAAAGGUUCAUGAAAUAAUGGGUCAAUUUGCUUUCUAUGGCUUCUUCAUCAAAUGUGUAACUUUGUUCUAGACAAAGAGCGGAAUAGUUUUGCGUUUGUUGUCGGUUGAAAUGUAAAACUAUGAUGAAUGUUUUAACUUCGAAAGGCAGCGAAAUGAUCAUGAGACACCUCUAUUGGGUUCCUGUCGUGUAGGCAUGUAUUUUUUGUCGUCGGUGGCAUGUUGGUGGUGGCUUUUUGUUGUAGUGUAAUGUGACUCCCGCGGCGGUUGAUGCGGAUGAUAGCGAGAAUACCGACAACUUAACGGCUCGCGUCACGGAACAAGACAGCCUUGCAGCUCCGGGUGCCACGCAACUUGAUGAACUUGACCUCCCGCAGCGUGCAGAAUUAUCAUCGCAGGAUGCCUUAACGCCGGCUGAUUUGCCUGCAAAUGUCGACUGUGUCGGCGUAUUUCAGUUCCCGGUGGAAAAUGUAAAUGAGGCUUUGGUUCAGUGGUUAUCCGCGAAAGUAGAAAACGCGCGACGGACUCGGAAAGAGUCUCGCGUGGGUGUUUUUGUCAUCGGCGUGGAAGAAGAACGAGGAAUGAUGGGAGAUAGAUGCCGUCGUGACUGUUGGAAUAGGCGAUUUGAGAGGUCAGUUAGGGAUUCCAGCUGAUUUGGUACGAUUUACAGCUGAGCCGACGAAAAAAAGAAGGAAGUCAGAAGAGUUAAACACGCACCUAUAUAGAUGAGCCUUUUCAUUGUGGUUUAGUCUUUCAAGUGCAAUAAUUUCCUCUUUGUAUUUGAAAUGAAUACAACGGAAUAAAAGUUAGGGAUGUCAGGUUUAUUUUUUUGCAAUAGAUGCAUAAAUUUCUGUUGGAACUUUGAUUAUUUCGUGUUCUAAUGCAUUAAUACGAGGGUUUUUAUAAUAUUUUGUCAUCUUUUUUCUCUUAUAAUGGUUAGAGAUUGUUAUUUCCGAAGAUGAAUAUGUGGUAAUUUCCUGACUACUUUUCUAAUGUUCUUUCAACCAAUUCGAAAUCAAGAAACGAUCGAAGUUGGUAAUGCACCUCGUGACCUGGAGGAAAAAGUGUUAUGAUCCUAGCAAUUUUUUGAUUCGGUUAUGCUGCACGUAAAGUUUUCUGUAAUGUAAGUUGUUGAGCCAGUAGAUGCUUCAAUCUGGCGUGUAAUUAAAGAAAAUCUUACAAAUCUAUUAGCUAAAGUGUAUCCGAGUACAGUACUAUAUUGCUGUGUCUUCAUUUUAAAUUUGAAUUUGUAUAAUAACUAAAAUCUGGUUUGAUGUGCGUGCCGAACACGUUGUGAAUUGAAGUUCAAAUUUUCCCAUGGGAAGAAGCUUCGGCUCAAGUUAAUUAGCUCAGUUAUUCAAAGAGUUUUUCUUCUUCAAAACUUAAUAUUCCCCAAUAGUUGAAGGCUAUCCAAACUUGUAUUUGAAGAAAACAAAAUCUGGAAAUUCUGUGAAUAGGAAGCGUCGUCGACUGGGUUGCUGUAGUUGCUGCCGCUGUCCGCAAUCUUGUUGUCAUGGGGAGGAAUAUUCAAGAAUUUGCGUGCCGAAGACCUGUUGCUUUGGCUCGGGUUCGGAUUUGUGCAGCAAUUCCCUUGUUAAGCUCUUCUCGGGCGAUUAGUUUUUGCUAUUAGCCCUGUUCUGCCUUGAGCUCGUGUCCUAGAGCAAUGACGGAAAUACUUUCGCAAUUUCGUUUCUUGCGUUUUUUGUGGUACUUUUCUGUUACUGCUUACAUCUGGCUCCACAUAAAACCGCAUCUGUAAACUGCUGCUUCUUUGCCUUUGUCUUCCUGUAUGACUACAUUUUCUGGCGUUGGUUGUUUAUAAUUCUAUGUCAUUACAAUAAUUUCCGAUUGUAAGUUGAGAGGAAGUUACCGCCCUUUUAAAGAAUUAUUUCACAGUAAACUUAAAAAAAAUAAGUCGAUAAUGAAGUAUUCGCUUGUUCAUUAGAUUGCUCAUGAAAGCAGAUGAGUCACGCAAAUUAUUGUUCGUGUUCGCUUGAAAUUCGAGGGUCUGUCGGGCUGUUGCGUGUCAACGCUAUCACAAACGCGAAUUUAUGUGCAAUCAAAUGAUUUAUAGUGGCGGAACAAGUGUGUUAUUACGGGAAUUUUCUUUUGCAAAAAAUAUUGAAUUGUUGAGUUUGCUUUUUUUUGAACGUCCGCAUGUGGUGGCAGGAAUAUUGGUAUUUCUUUCGUGGCCAACAAAUUUCACAAAGAAAAAAGUCUUCCAAUUUAUCCGAUCAGCGAUUCGUUGGCUGGUCGGUCGCGACAGUCCACCGGUGAACGCUUGCUCUUGGUUUCAAAUCGGGGUGUUGCUUAUUGCUUCCGCAGGCGUCCAAGAAGCGCAGACGAAAACACCGCCAGAAAGCUGGGGAAUCGCAGGAGAAAUUGUCUUUGACUAAGUUCUUCGACUGGAGAAGUCCGGUCGAGAAUACCGGUAAUUCCGAGGAGUAAUUUGAAAAACCCCCCUCGUGUCUUCUCUACUGAGUUUCGAAUGCGAGUAGUUCUGCGGUGUGUGUUGUGUUCAGAGCGUUUGGUACGAAGUA